AUGGGAACUGGGGUAGGAGGUAUGGAAGGUGCAGCCCCCCAUGGUUAUGUACGGGUUGGCGACAUUCUGGCUUCUGGGCUGGGCAAGCGUGGCCGUCAUGGUGGUGGGCAAGGGCUGUUCAUUGCGGUGGGCAAGGGCCGUUCAUUGCCCUUGGGGGUAGAGGAAGAUGGACGAGGUGCCAAGUGCAUGGAUGCAUGCGUGAUGGAGGGGGGGACCCCGGCAGAGCGUCUGCACAAACGAGUGGGCCCACCAUGGAGGGGUCCAGGAGGUACCUCGCGCACAGUGUCCCUGUUGGCGUUCCCUUGGCUGGCUCUGCCGCUGCCGCUCAGAGCUACUGUGGCUGCCUUACAGUAG